CCAGUGGUAUUUAUAUUCCUGCUGAAAGAAUGCUAUUUUUAUGGUAACACCGUGCACUCAAAGAGACUGGACAUCAGUGUUUAUUGUCUGGAAACUUGUUGUGCACAUGUCUAUGUUUUCAUUGUCUAAGUGUUGAACAUGUGACACCUAGGAUAAAACUGGUUUUGAGGGGGUGUGUGUUUUAACUAUCUUGGCAUCCGAUGAUUAUUUGAUAGUUAAAACAUUUUUUUCCUUCUUCAAGGGCUUUGAAUUAUUUACUUAAAUUAUUUCCUUCACGUCCCAAGAAAUUAAUUGUCAUCCAAGAUUUGUCCAAAAUCUCACUCUGCCUUGUGUUACAAAUUCCUUCCUAGAAUGAUAUUUAUUUUGGGUUGAGCAUUUCAAUGUUCAGACUUCAGAUAUAUGAUAUCCUAUAUCUUUCAGAUUACAUACGUGGUAUCUGCUUUAAUAUAUUAUUGCCCAUGCAUGGAAACUUUUUGGGGAAAAAAAGUGAUUCAGGAACCAAUUAUCACUUUUCAGGGUCAAUUGAUAUUAUAUGGGCACAUGAGCAGAAAGUUGAUUUUUUGGAAAGCCCAUAACUAAGAAAUUUUUUUACAGACCUUAAUUACUUAUCAGCUCUGGUAAUGAGUCCUUUAUAAAGUUAGUAAGAUAUUCUUUUCAUACAAGUCAGCAAACUUCUUUAUAAAUGUUUUCAUAAUUAGCCAUCAAACUUCUUUGUUGCAAUUGAAAUUGAUGAUUAUUCAUUAGACUUAAUGUGGUUUCCAUCUGUCUCAUCAAUAUGCAUCUUGUUUCUUACUUUUCAGAGUUGUUUUCCUUUGAAUGACAUUGCAUAGGCACAUGUAAGGCAACAGCAAAAUUCCGAGCCCUUCAACAUCAAGUAUAUCUUGUUCUCCAUAAUGAUCCAAAACCUGGACCAUCAACUUUUAUUGUUCAGUGCAUGUAUGUGUCACCUUUAUUUGAAGAUCACAGUCAAGGAUUUACUCAUUUGAUUGUAUCUGCUCUUUGCCGCUUCCUAAAAAGAUCAACCACUACAGAAGCUUCCUUGGAAGUGAAAGACUUGGCCGCCCAUCUUCUUCUUGAUAUUCUUAGGGGUGAGAUCUAUCAUGAUGACAAGAUAGUCCUGAAGUUAUUGGAGAUUUCUGAUGUAAAACUAACAAAUGUUGAGAAAGCAAUGUGCCAAAUCAAGGAAAAAUAUGAUUUAAGUCUCACAGCAAAAGAAUUUGUUGAGCAGUAUAUUGUUGAAUUGGUAAAAUCCCAGUUGUAUGUGACAGCUGUCACUUUAAUGGAGCAUUUCUCUAUCCACCACUAUGGCAAGUCUUUUCUCCAUGAAAUGAUAAAGAGUAAUCAAUUCAAAGCAGCAGAGAAGUGGGCGACAUAUAUGGGGAAACCUAUGUUAUCCAUACUUGUGGAGGAGUUCAUUGAGAGGAACAUGCUAAAGAAUGCCUAUGAGACUAUAAAGAAAAAUAAUCUAAAGCACGAUUUCCCUAAUGUAUACAAAAGGUGUAAAGAAAGCUCACUAAAAACCUUAGCAGAAAAAGGAUGUUGGGAUGUUGCCGAGGCAAGAACAAACAAUGAUAGACAGCUAAUGGAAUAUUUGGUUUAUUUGGCAAUGGAAGCUGGUUACACGGAGAAAGUUGAUGAACUGUGUGAUCGGUACUCCCUAGACAGGUUUUUGGAUAUCAAAGUACCUGAAACAAAUAAUCUGCAAGGGCGUUAUUUACAUCUUGAUGAACUAUCGGUUGAAGACAUCAUUUGGGUUGAUGAAGUUGAAGGUUUGCUUGUUGCAACAAGUCAUAUUGAGGGUUUUAAAGUUGUAGGUAUUGAUUGUGAAUGGAAACCUAAUUAUGUAAAAGGCAGCAAGCCAAACAAGGUUUCUAUCAUGCAAAUUGCUUCUGAAAAGAUGGUUUUUAUCUUUGAUCUGAUAAAGUUACACACAGAGGUGCCUGGCAUUUUAGACGACUGUCUAUCUCGCAUUUUGCUGUCACCUAGAAUUCUAAAACUUGGGUAUAAUUUCCAAUGUGAUGUAAAGCAACUUGGUCACUCAUAUGAAGAGUUGAGAUGUUUCAAGAAUUAUGAAAUGUUGCUGGACGUCCAGAAUAUUUUUAAAGAACAUCACGGUGGUUUGGCCGGGCUUUCAGAGAAAAUACUGGGAGCAAGUUUAAACAAGACAAGACGAAACAGCAACUGGGAGCAACGACCUUUGUCUCCAAAUCAACUAGAAUAUGCUGCUCUGGAUGCUGUUAUACUUGUUCACAUAUUCCACCAUCUUCCCGGUCAUGGACAUGAUAAAUCUGAGUGGAAGUCUUGCAUCGUGUCCCACACGGAAAACGCCAAGAAAUCCAAGAAACAUAUACCAAAAGUUGUGGACAGACAUGGAGACCAACAAGGAUUGAUUCUGAACUGAGAUUAAUUUUUAAUUGAUUAAAGUGUAAAGUGGAAAAUUUUAUAUAGAAAA